GCAGUGCUGUAGACUUAUUAGCUUAGCGAAAUAGCCACAGCCAGCCAGCCAGCCAGACAGACAGCAAGCAAGCAAGCAAGCGUUGCGUUCACAAGAAGUAUGGCGUUAAAUCGGAAUCACUCCCAAAACGGUGGGGUUUUAAUAAAUAAUGGCGAGAGUGUGCUGAGGGAGUGCAAGAAUGUUGAACUGUCCUUCACCGACUUCACCAGCAAGACCGAUCUGCUGAAGGGGACCAAGAAAGGCUCUGUCUACCUGACUCCGUACAGGAUGUUGUUCGUGUCCACCAAUGCCCGAGACGGUCUUGGCUCUUUCAUGUUCCCAUACUACCUGAUGAAGGGCUGCAGCAUUGAGCAGCCAGUCUUCGGUGCCAACUUCAUCAAGGGUGCAAUAUCGGCUGAGGCCGGAGGGGGCUGGGAGGGCAAGGCUAAUUUUAAGAUGUCUUUCCCCAGCGGGGGUGCCAUUGAGUUGGGACAGCACCUCUUCAAGCUGGCUACAAAUGCGUCCCGCGCUCCUCCGGCUCAGAACGGGGGGCCCUCGUUUGGUUACCCCUCCCCCGGGGCCAUGAAUGGUUAUGGACCCGCGGCUCCUCAGAAUUACCCCUACGCCCCCCCGCACCAGAACGGUUUCUACCCGGCUCCGCCCGCACCGCAGGGCAACUUCGGCUACCCCUAUCCGACUGCCUCCGCAGGAAUGUACCCCACAGCCCCUAUGGCUCCUGCCUACAUGCCCCCUCCUCCCCCCUACCCUGGACCCCCCCAGAACUGGGCAGCCCCUGCUCCAGCAGGUAACCCCAAAGCAGCUGAGGCCGCAGGAAGUGCAUAUUACAACCCCAGCGCCCCCCACAAUGUGUACAUGCCCACGGAGCAGCCCCCACCCUACGCUCCCUCUGCUCCCUACCCGCCCUACGCUCCGUACCCGGACAAGAAGAACAACUGAGCCCAGCCCACCCGAGCCGCAGCAGAACCCUCAACCAAUGAAAAGUCCUCCCUGAAACCCACACGUCGUGAGCAAAGUAGUCAAGUAUUAUCCAAAUCCAGGUUUCACAUGCAACACAGUAAUAUUCAUCCUGAUUAAUACGGGGUUUUCCCCCCCCCCCCCCCCCCACCCCACCCUACUUUCUGUAUUUAUUAGGAGUAAUCAAAAUGAUUUAUUUCACUUUAAGCCUGUGCUCUUUGUUUGCCUCAUAUUUGGGGGUGGAUUUGGGGGUCUAUAUGAAAUUAAUUGCACUUCUCAUGGUGGUGUUUUAUGUUCUAUUUCAGUUGAAGUUGGUGGUUGAAGGUGCAGUACAGGGAACUAAUGGGUUUCCGUAUUUUCUAAAGGCAAUCACCCUGUUUGUACAAAACUGAAGUGUUUAUACGCAAAAAAACAACUAAAGUAAAAAAAAAAAAUAAUAAUAAAAAAAAAAUAAGGUUUUUGAAAUAUAUUUAACCUUCAAAUUUAUAUCCUACAUUUUAUUUCCGGUAAUGACAGCAUUUCUGUUGUAAGCAAUGAUGUGUUUUCGUUGGAUUCUUUUUUGUGCUAUAGGAUUUGUUUGAGGAAUUCACAAAUGUAAAAUCUUUUCUUUUUUUUAAUCAUAUUUGCCCAGCGCUCUUUAGACACAACUUACCUUUUCAUAUAUUUCUUUCACUGUGUAAGGAGACACCUUGCAUUGUUUUAUAGCUAGAGAUUAUCAUAACCAUUGAUUAGAUUAGGCCUAUUUGAUGCCAUUGACAGCUGCAUAGGCUUAUGGGUGAAUUUGUUCUUUGCACAAAGAAGUGAAAGGUGUAUGGUUAUGAUCUGGCGUGAAAUCCUUAUUAAUAUUAAUCUUGCUGUUUCUUUCUUACUAUUUAUAAACCAUUUUUAUCCUUUUGACUAAUAAUUGCCAUCAUCUGCAAAUAAUUGUAAUAAUUGUUAAUAAAUGCUUACAGUUAUAA